CGGAGUGGGCUUUGCAGGGAGGGGGCCCUCGGACGGAUCGCAGGCGGAGAGCGAGAAAGAAGGAGGGAAGAAGAAGAGAGAAGGAGAAGGGAAGGCGAGCAGAGCGCACGCACCGCCAAAGGCUUGAGCAAAGAGGAGGAAAGGAGGAGGAGAGCCACCCAAGCCAUGGAGAAUGGGUUGCAAUGCCCAAGGUCAACCACCGAAAUCCGGAAGGAGAAGUCGCGAGACGCGGCACGAUGCCGGCGCAGCAAAGAGACAGAAGUCUUCUACCAGCUGGCGCAUACCUUGCCCUUUGCCCGGGGGGUCAGCGCCCACCUAGACAAGGCGUCCAUCAUGCGCUUGACUAUCAGCUACCUGAGAAUGCACAAAAUGUUGAACUCCGGUGAAUGGAGGGACGAGGUGGAGGCAGAAGAACAGGUCGAUGGUUAUUACCUGAAGGCCUUGGAUGGCUUCCUGAUGGUCCUGACGGAGGAAGGAGACAUGAUCUACCUUUCAGAGAAUGUCAACAAACACCUGGGACUCAGCCAGCUGGAGCUCAUUGGCCACAGCGUCUUUGACUUCAUUCAUCCCUGCGAUCAGGAGGAGCUGCAAGACGUAUUAAGCCCCCGGCAAGGUUUCUCUAAGAAGAAAGAAGUCAAGACGGAGCGCAGUUUUUCGGUGCGCAUGAAGAGCACUCUCACCACCAGGGGGCGCACCGUCAACCUCAAGUCUGCCACUUGGAAAGUGUUGCAUUGCGCCGGGCACAUGCGGACUUAUGCGCCCCCCAAGCCUGCGGCUGGGAAGGAGACGGAGGGUGGGUUUACGGAGCCCCCUUUGCGGUGCCUAGUGCUGAUCUGUGAGGCCAUCCCGCACCCGGCCAACAUUGAGACCCCACUGGACAGCGGCACCUUCCUCAGCCGCCAUACAAUGGACAUGAAGUUUACCUACUGCGACGACAGGAUUGCCGAAGUGGCCGGCUACACCCCUGAAGACCUGCUGGGCUGCUCCAUGUACGAAUACAUCCACGCCCUGGAUUCGGAUGCCGUCAGCAAGAGCAUCAACACCCUGCUGAGCAAAGGGCAGGCCGUGACGGGGCAAUACCGCUUCCUGGCCAGGAAGGGUGGCUACCUCUGGACCCAGACCCAGGCCACCGUCAUCUCCAGCAGCAAGAACUCCCAGCCGGAGAGCAUCAUCUGCGUCCACUACAUUCUCAGCCAGGUGGAGGAGACGGGGCUGGUGCUCUCCUUGGAGCAGACGGACCGGCAAGGGGAGCAUCGCCGGCUGCCCCCGCCCUGCCUCGAAGGGCUGGACUCCGAUGGGGCGCUCGAUGAACUGGACCCCAACGGCGGGGACACCAUUAUCAACCUCAGCUUCGAGCUUCGUGGGCCAAAGAUCUUGGCCUUCCUCCGUCCUGCCAACAUCAGCGAAGAGGAGCUGGAGAUGGACCCCAAGCGCUUCUGCAGCCCGGACCUCCAGAAACUGCUGGGACCCAUUUUCGACCCACCCGGGGCCCAGAACCAAGGAGGGGGCACCGGGCGAGCAAAGCCUCCGGCUGCCCCACUCAAGCCAUCAUCCGUGGUCAAGAAGAUCUUUGGAAACAGCAGCCCAGCCGAGCUGCCGGAAGAACUGCUUUUCGACAUGGAGAACGUCCAGAAACUCUUUGCUUCCAACAAGGAGCCUCAGCCGAUGGAGACCACACUGCAGGAUUACGAAGGCCUGGACUUGGAAAUGCUGGCUCCGUACAUCUCGAUGGACGACGACUUCCAGCUCAGCAGUACCGACCACCCUCCGUGGCUGGCUGAGAAGCGUGCUGCAGACGCCGGGGCAGGGGUCCGUCAGGGUUCUCCGCCCCCGCGCCCUCGCUCCCGGAGUUUCCAUGGCGUCUCCCCUCGCCCGCCUGAGCUGGCCGGUCUCCCCCGCUGGGGCAGCGACACCAGCCUGAGCAACGCCCGUUCGGCCCAGGCGCCAGGAGGCGGGCAGUGCGGGGCAGGGCAGGUGGUGGAGAUGGUGGCCUCAGUCAAGAUCCAGGCCAUGCCAGAAGGGACCAAUCCAAAUGGCCAGGGGGCCUUCGCUGGGAGCAGGAAGAGAUCCCGGGAGCUGAGCUUGGAAGAAGAGAGGGACAUCUUCCUGGAAGCCAGUCCUGCCAAGCGUGCUCACGGCCACGAGGCUGAUGCCUUUCUGAUGCCCUCCCUCAGCCUGGGUUUCCUUCUGAGCGUUGAAGAGUGUUUGGAUGCCAGGUCUGGAGGUGCCAUGUCCCUGGGCAAGAAGCUUCUCUCUUUGGAGGAACCCAUGGGUCUCUUAGGGGACAUGCUGCCUUUCGUGGUGGACGGCCCGGCCCUCUCCCAGCUGGCCCUGUACGACGGGGAGGACGAGGCCUCCUUGGUGCGGAGCGGAGGGCACUUCCAGCUCGGGGAGGAGCUCCUGGUGGAGCUGGACCAGGCCACCUGAGCGGGCAAGCGAGCGGGCGAACAGGCGGGCAGCCAUCGCCGCACCUUCACCCCACACUCCUGCUCCGCAGCCGGGACAAACGGAACCAAAUCCAACCCCCAAAUCAUCCACGAGAGGCCGAGCUUUGGGGUGGAGGGGAGGGUCUCCUUCUUCUUCCUCCUCCUCCUCCUCUUCCUCUUCCUCCCUCCGACCCCUCGUUGCCCCUUAACCUCCGCCAGCAUCCUCAGAAAUCCUUCCUACCUCAGUCCCCUCCCUCCCUUUUGCAGACGAGGGAGGAAAGCCCCACCAAACACAGUAGGAGUCUGGGUCAAAUCGGGACUCGGUCUCCCGUGAGACCGGCAGGCCCCCAAUUCGGUGCUAACGUACCCUUCCCGCGGUUCCUACGAAGAGGAACAGAAGGGUUGGGGUGGGGGGUCACUUUCAGCACUUAGUCCCUAUCAGUGGCAAGAGUCCGUUCUCUUACAGGCUCCCCAAGAGACGGGGAGCCCCAUUUGGGGUCACUUUAGGACGUCCUGAGGUGCCGAAGGACAACGCGAGUCCUUCCAAACCAGAGAUGCAAACCUCUCGCUUUGGCGCCAAACCCUUUUGGCUUUGGCCGAGAAGGUCCCCGAGUUCCCAGCUUCUGGCACGAGUGCAUCCAUUCCUGAAGGAAUCGGGACCACCCAAACUUUGGGAGAUUGUUCAAAAAAAUAUAUAAUAGGGAAAGUUUGGGACUUCUGCUCCAUGGGAAACGUCUAGGCUUGGUUUCCCCGAACCGUCCAGAAUAGAUCCCAGCUGCAACGGCAGAUUGGGUAAGCUGAGAAAUAUAAGUUUUGACUAGGAUAGACUGCUCUUGCAGCCGGUGCUCUAUAGUCCAAAUCUAUGAUUAAUAUCCCUGAAGUGGCCAAAAGUUAUUUCCCCCAGAGAAAGGGAAAGCGUUGGCCAUUUUGGCCCUCUUUAUGGUCUGUUUAUGGUGACCUUUCCAAAAGGGGUAGGGAGCGCAGUCGAACAACAACGCUCCCUCGUUGAACGUAUUUACACGUCUCCAGUAGUCCCUGCUCAUCAUCCUUAAUAUUUAAUUUAACUCUAAUUUUAGAAUUAACACUUUACUUUGGUUCUUUCAAGGUCCCAAAUAGCAAUCUUUGGCUUCCGGAAGCGAAACCCAAGUUUGGACCUGAUUGCACCAAAUUUUUAAAAGUUUUGCAGACAAUGGACCGUGAUCCCAAUCGAGAAGACAAUUUUUAAAGGAA